UUGCUUGAGGACGAGGACGGUAAGAUUAUCAAGCGAACGACCAAACGAACCCAAGUCGUGACAACAAAAACUUACUCGGAGAGGUAUAUCCAACCAGAGGUGAGUCGGAUGGCGAUGCGAUCAAAUGGUGGCUCAAUCACUUCUAGUUCCUGUAUUUCCAAUCUACCUUAA